AUGGCGUCUCUAGCUCGGACUCGUCGUCUGUACGCAUAUGUACGGCAAUCAACGCCACUUAUGACGCGUGCAUUUGCAUCCAACGUGUCAACAGUGCCCAAGUUUUCCGUAGUUGAUCAUCCCGUAACUGCUGAUGCAAUUAAACCUGAAGAUUAUUUCGCUGUCGUGAAGCUCGCUGGGACGCAAUACAAAGUGACACAAGGCGACGUCGUUAUUACUGAGAAGAUUAAGGAUGCAAAAGUUGGAGAGAUCCUGGAUAUUAACGAGGUUUUACUAUUGGGCAACGUGAACCAGACAAUUGUGGGGAGACCGCUCGUGGAUGGUGCCAAGGUGCGUGCACGUGUGGAGGAGCAGACAUUGGACGCCAAGAUUGACGUGUUUAAGAAGAAACGUCGAAAGAAUUACCGUCGUUGGAACGGAUUCCGUCGCGAGGUGACGGUCUUGCGUGUCACGGACAUCGUCCCUUGA